AUGGUGAAUGAGUGUAGAAAAAGAAAUGACCAAAAUGGUGUAAAGUUCUUCUCAUUUGCCUUGCGCGUAUUUACGAAAAUGGGGAGUGGGGGGAUGUCAGAGGAUGAAGAUGGUGUGGACAAGGUAAUUAUUGAUGACCGGGAAUUGGAGGAGGCUGUGAAGCUCUCCAUGUCUUUGCCAUUUCGCCACUCCAUCAUAACGACAAUCGUCACACUCAUUGAUAAAGUUCCUCGAGUCGAAAAGACGCAAUUUGUUCAGAGUGGAAGGACUACCAAGCGUAGAAUUCGAAAUGACCCUAGGUGCAAUAUAUCUAGCCGGAAACCGCCAAAUGGAUGGCCUGUGUCUUUUUUCGCAGAUGGCUACCUCGAUUCUUUGUCGGAGUUCCAGCGAGAGAAGUUGCGUGUGUCUAAAAAGCUAUUCCCUCUCUAUGAUCUAGAUAAGAUACCCGAGCAGUACUCGUAA